AUGAUUCUGAAGAUGAUGGGGGGCAAUCAUCAUAUGGAUGAAACAUCAUCUAAUCUAAAUGUACUAAUUUCACAGGAUUGCUAUCUGUUGGAUCAAGGUGGUAUAAGGAUCUUUAUCUGGAAAGGAAAGAAGGCUUCCAAGACAGAACGGUCCGAGUCUUUGGAUAAAGCAGAAGCAUACAAGAAGGCGAAGGGCUACCCUAUCUCCACCUACGUCGAGACGGUGAACGAUGGUGCUGAGUCUGCCGUGUUCAAGCAGCUGUUCCAGAGGUGGAGCGUGAAGGGUCAGACUGUAGGGAUGGGGACCACAAACAGUCCAGGCAAAAUUGCCAAGGUUGAGCAGAUCAAGUUUGAUGCUACUUCCAUGCAUGCAAGGCCUGACGUGGCUGCCCAGCAGAAAAUGGUCGAUGACGGAACAGGCGAAACAGAGGUGUGGAGGUUAGAGGACAGUGAACUGGUGCCUGUGGACAGGAAGUGGUUGGGCCACUUCUACGGAGGCGACUGCUAUCUCAUCCUCUACAAAUAUGAAGUCAGCAACAGGAGUCACUACAUACUAUACAUAUGGCAGGGUCGCCAUGCGAGCACCGGGGAGCUGGCUGCCUCUGCUUUCCAAGCCGUGAACAUCGACCAGCAGUACAACGGUGAGCCAGUUCAGGUCCGAGUGCCCAUGGGGAAAGAACCACUCCACCUCAUGGCCAUAUUCAAGGGCAAGAUGGUGGUCUAUGAGGAGGGGAGCUCCAGGGCCAACUCUACACAUGUCCAGCCGGCAGUUCGUCUCUUCCACAUCCACGGCACCAACGAGUUCAACACCCGCGCCAUCGAAGUGCCAGCACGCUCCUCGUCCCUCAACUCCAACGACGUCUUUGUGCUCAGCACUGACACUUGCUGCUAUCUGUGGUACGGAAAGGGCUGUAGUGGUGAUGAGCGAGAGAUGGGCAAAUCCCUGGCAGACAUCAUCUCCAGGAGGGAAAAACAUGUAAUCGCAGAGGGCCAGGAGACGGCUAACUUCUGGGUAAAUCUGGGAGGCAAGACCCAGUAUGCCAACAGCAAGAGGUUUCAGGAAGAGCACAACAACAUCACCCCACGUCUCUUCGAGUGCUCCAAUCAGACAGGCCGCUUCCUGGCCAUGGAGGUCACCAACUUUAACCAGGACGAUCUGGACGAAGAUGACAUCAUGCUGCUGGACAUCUGGGAUAUGGUGUUCCUGUGGUUGGGCAAGGGAGCUAAUCAAAUAGAGAAGGAGAAUGUGGUCCCCACGGCACAUGAGUACCUGAGAACCCACCCAGGUGGUCGAAAUGUGGACACCCCCAUCGUGCUGGUCAAGCAGGGCUUUGAGCCUCCCACCUUCACAGGCUGGUUCCACGCCUGGGACCCACACAUGUGGAGUGGAGGGAAAUCCUACCAGGAGUUGAAGGCUGAGCUUGGGGACACCACCGACAUCAUCCAGAUCACCGUGGACAGAACCACAUCCAACUCCACUCAAAAGAACUCCAAGAGCAUUGGAGAAUCACUGCUGUCCCCCACCGUUGGGGCCACCUUCCCCGCAGACAAGCUGUUGAACCGCCAGACAGAGGACCUGCCCGAUGGGGUUGACCCCACCAAGAAGGAGGAGUAUCUGACCAAUGAUGACUUUGCUCUGAUCCUGGGUGUGUCCCGGGUAGAGUUCUACUCCAUGCCCACCUGGAAGCAGCAGCAUCUGAAGAAAGAGAAGGGUCUGUUCUAGGAGAAGAAUAUCUACACCUCAGGUCUCAUUUUGACAGCGUAAAAUAGCAGCGUGCUGUUGUCAAAUCACACUGUAUCUCCUCAAAUACUCUCCUGGGAAUCUAUUUCAUAGGGAGUUUGGAAUGCAAGAACUAUACAUCUUAAUUCUGUAUCUUGAAUUUGCACCGUUAUUCGUGCAUCCUUAAACUCAAAAAAUAUUUCCCCUGCGUGGACUGCAUCAUUCCAAAUUAGAUCCACUAAAACAAAAGUAUGGGGAGAAUAUCAGACAUGGUUAACACUAGCACUGCUUUUUGCGGUGUCAAAAUUAGGCCCCUCAUGUUUUGUCAUCUAGCCUUGCAAUUCACUCAUUCACACAUUCUCAGAUUGGCUAACAGUAGGUUGGUUAUCAAAUUAAUGUGCCUUAGGCUUUUUUUUUUUCUGAAAUGUUGCUGUUGUAAUUUAAACAAUGAAGAGAAAAAGUGUAGGUGAUAGGAAUAAUUAUAUACGUUUUGUUAUCUGAGAUUUAUCAUAGGCACAAUAAGCAGCACUUUCCCCCUGAAUUGCUACUUGUGUCACCGAAUUCUACCUGGAUAUGUAAUGUAGAUGUCAAGCAUUUAAGACUAAGCAGGAGAUGAUAUUGGUUCUAUACUUUAUUUUCACAAUGAGCCUUAACAUUGAAAAUGUAUCUAAAAUGUAUCUUUGUAAUGCCAAUAUUCAGAGGACCGCAAAGGCUUAGUUAUAUGUUGUAAUGUAGAAAUAUAAAGAUUAGUUACUUCAUAUGCUUUAUAAUAUAAAUGUUUAGAUCUAAUGUAUCAAUGAAAUUCAAGAUUGUCAAAUGGGGAUAACUACUGCGGUAUUUAGUUUUUGCUAUGUUGGAUAAACACAGAUUAAUAUGUCUUUAUAUGAAGACCCUUCAGAUGCCAUGCUGAAUGGCAGUCAA